AUGGAUUCAGUCUAUUGGGAUAUCUUCCCCGACGCAGAAGACGCCGAGGAUACGGAGAGCGUAGAGGAAGAGGAAGCAGACGAGGAUGUCAACGCUUGCUCGCCAGACACCAAGGUUCCCUGCGAGAAAUGCAGACGCAAGAAACGCUCAUCAUGUAAACGAUGCCGCGAGCGACAGCGACAGCUUCAGCUUCAACACCAGCCAGGUCCUCACACUCGUCCUCGGCGAACGAGGAAAUCGUCUCUCGAAAUCGCAUGCUUCCCAGAUCGCUCACCGUCUCCAUCUUCAUCAUCUUCCUCCUCCUCCUCUUCUUCUUUCAAUCCAUCACAUCACCUUCAUCCCUCACCAACACCACCACCAAACUUUCUUAGGAUGGCGCAAGACGCAAUCCCAGAAGUCAUCCUCCAACAACCACCAGACGACGCCCCAGCAGACACCGCAACAACACAGAAAAGCACACUUACCGUUCCCCCCGGAGGCCCGAGUUUCGCGGCGGUGUAUACCAACUCCCCGUCGUGGAUGUCGACGUAUACUUCCUCGACGUGCGCGACGACGUAUACUACCACUCACGAACGUUCCCGCAGAGACGGACUCGGCAGCGGGGAGAAGGACGCUGGGGACGGGUGGCUGGACAACCGUUGGGCGAUGGGAUCAGGAGGGAAGGUCGUCGAUGACUGCGGUGACGUCGUCGAUGAUGAGGUCUAG